AUGGCACCCAGGACGCCGAAGACACGCAAAGCUAAGGCAAAUGCAAGAACUAACGAAACUACUGUUGCCAUCGAAGAAAAGGAUACUGUUAAUCAGGUUAGAGAAUCGAUUAAAUUUCAUGAUGUGCGAGAAUCUCUUAAUGUAUUUACCGGUGAUGAUACUUAUUCAAUCAUUAAAUGGAUAGAAGAUUUGGAAGAAAUGAGCGAAGUAUGUGGAUGGUCUGAUGUUGAACUUUUUAUAUAUAGUAAACGUCUAUUGUCGAGGACUGCUGCCCUAUAUCUACGUUCUGAAACUGGUAUUAAGUCAUGGAAUUUAAUGAGGGAAUGUUUGAUGAAUGAGUUUCGUAAUAAUUUAACUUCGGCUGACGUGCAUAGGCAGCUUACAGCCAGAAUAAAAAAUAAUGACGAAUCUCAUCAGCAGUAUUUGUUUAAAAUGAUGGAAAUAGCAAAACAAGGAGAUGUGUCUGAAGAUUCACUAUUGGAUUAUGUCAUUGCUGGCAUUCAGGAUAGUGAAGUGAAUAAGGCUUUACUUUAUGGAGCUACAACAAUAAGCGAAUUUAAAAUAAAACUACAAUUGUAUGUUAAGAUGAAGUCAAGGAUGCACAUCUCUGAGUCAGGGAUAUCUAAGGUUUUUAAUGGUGCUGCAAGUAAUCAUAAUGCAGGUAAUAUAAAACAAAACUCGAUGUCUGGUGUUGCGAACACAAUAAUUAGAUGUUAUAAUUGCGGAUCUAAGACACAUCAACAUAGGGAAUGUCCAGACUUGGAUAAAGGUCCUAAGUGUUUUGCUUGUAGAUCUUUUGGCCACAAAUCAACAGAAUGCCCUGAUAAGGAAACUCAAACAAAGCAAGUGAAUAAUGAUGAAAAACCACAAGUUUAUCAAGUGAAUGCUAUAAAUACUAAUGAGCGAAUAUUUAAAGAAAUUAAUGUCUUAGGAAUCCAGACGUUAGCCCUUAUAGACACUGGCUGCGAUUUGAAUUUAUGCCGACAGUCAUUAAUUAAAGGUAUUGACGCUGUCAAUGCAGAAGUUAGUCUUAGUGGACCAGCUGGAACUAUGUUUUGUACCAAGAAAAAAUUCAUCACUGAAUUAGAAGUUGAUAAUGCUACUUAUACAGUAGAAGUAUACUCGGUACCUGAUGAAGAUAUAAUGUGUGACUUUAUAAUAGGUAGAUCAUUAUUUCAAACCAAUGCUGAACUAAAAAUUAGUCCUGGAGUGAUUGAAAUCAACAAAAUAACUAUUGAAACAAGUGAGUUUGAUGUAGGAUCUAGAGAACACUAUCCGGUUAUAAAGAGUAUGAUAGCUAACUAUGUACCAUGUGCUACAGAAACUACACCCAUAAAAACCAAAAUUAUAGUCAGUGAUGAAGAACCCAUCUAUCAGCGAUCAAGGCGUUUAUCACCAAAAGAAAAAGCAAUUGUGGAAAGUCAAGUGGAGGAAUGGAUUAAGGAAGGAAUUAUCAGACCUAGCUGCUCAGAUUAUGCUAGCCCAAUUGUAAUUGUCCCUAAGAAAGAUGGUUCAUUUCGGGUAUGUGUUGACUAUUGUCGAUUAAAUAAUAAAAUCAUUAAGGAUCGUUACCCUUUACCUUUGAUAGAAGACCAGCUGGAUAAGCUUCAAGGGGCCAGAAUAUUUUCAACAUUAGACCUUAAGAACGGUUUUUUUCAUGUGGCUAUGGACGAAGAGAGUAUUAAAUAUACAUCUUUUAUUACACCAGAGGCACAAUAUGAAUUUAUGAAAACACCAUUUGGAUUGUGUAUUGCUCCACCUAUAUUUCAGCGCUUUAUAAACCAUGUAUUCAAGGAUAUAAUGCGGAUGGGAUAUUUGUUAAUAUACAUGGAUGACUUAGUAAUUAUUUCAAGCACAGUUGAGGAGAAUAUUGAAAGACUGAAGAUAGUAUUAAGAACCACGGCUAACCAUGGUCUGAAAAUUAAUUGGAAAAAAUGUCAAUUUCUCAAAAAAGAAAUUGAUUACCUGGGAUAUAGAAUCAAACACAAUAAACUGAGUCCAUCACCAUUAAAGCUGGCUGCUGUGGUAAAAUAUCCAAGACUACAGAAUGCAAAACAUAUACAGAGCUUUUUAGGACUGACUGGAUAUUUUCGAAAAUUCAUUAAGGACUACGCCUUGAUUGCUCGUCCAUUGAGCGAAAUACUCAAAAAGAGUAUACCAUUCGUAAUUGGACCUCAACAAGAAAGUGCGUUUAAUAUGUUAAAGAAAAAAUUAACAGAGGCACCCGUAUUGGGAAUCUUUAAUCCAGAAGCAGUUACGGAGGUGCACACUGAUGCCAGCAUGUAUGGGUUUGGUGCCAUACUUUUACAGAAAGAUUCCGAUAAUCUGUUGCACCCUAUAUACUUUAUGAGCAAAAAAACUACGCAAGCACAGCAAAGGUACCAUAGUUAUGAAUUAGAAAUUUUAGCAAUUGUUGAGGCUGUGAAGAAGUUUAGAUCCUAUUUAUUAGGACUGCAGUUCAAAAUAGUAACCGAUUGCGCUGCAUUUACUAAAACACUAGAAAAAAGGGAACUUGCUACACGUGUAGCCCGCUGGGCAUUGCUGUUGAGUGAAUUUAAUUACACUAUUGAGCAUCGAGCCGGGUCCAAUAUGGCUCAUGUAGAUGCGUUGAGCCGUUAUCCGAUAUGCAUGAAUAUCAAUAGCGAAUUUAUAGCACAAUUGCAGAAAGCACAACAGAAUGAUAUUGAGGUGAAAACCUUAACUUCAGAAGCAAGGAUGAAUGGAUGUGGUUCAUAUAUUGUAGAAAAUGAUUUGCUUUAUGAAACACGAGAUGACAGAAAAUUACUGGUUAUUCCAAAAGGUAUGCAAAAAGAGUUAAUUCGAAAUGCACAUAAUGUUGGCCAUUUUGGUGUUAAAAAAGUUGUUGAACUGUUAGAUAGAGAAUAUUCCAUUUCUAAUAUUCUUGAAAAGGUGGAACGUUUCAUUCAAAAUUGUGUACCUUGUAUUUUGAUCAACCGAAAACAAGGGAAACAGGAAGGAUUCCUUAACACAAUUGACAAAGGUGAUCUGCCAUUACAUACUUGGCACAUUGAUUUUCUAGGACCAUUGACAAAUACUCCUCGAGGAUACAAACAUAUUCUGGUUAUUAUUGAUGCAUUUACAAAAUUCUGUUGGCUCUUUCCAACAAGAAGUACUACAUCGAAAGAAGUUGUGGACAAAAUGAAUAUAUUACAAGCUACAUUUGGUAAUCCAACACGAUUGAUAUCUGACCGUGGUGCUGCAUUCACAUCUGGAGAGUUCAAAAAAUACUGUAGUGAUUCACACAUAUAUCAUGUGCAGAUUACCACAGGAAUGCCAAGAGGAAAUGGACAAGUCGAGAGAUUGAAUGAUACAAUAGCGACAGUAGUGGCAAAAUUGACUAUUGAUGAUCCAGGGCAAUGGUUUAAGUAUGUCCCAAGAGUGCAGAUGGCGUUAAAUAGUUCAUGGCAGCGAUCAAUUAAUAUGACUCCAUUUAAAUUAACGUUUGGAACUGAAAUGAAACAUCCAGAUCUACUCCCAUUAUGCAGUUUAAUAAAAGAAGAAUAUGCAAAAAGUUUUUUGGAAAAAAGAGAAGCAGAGCGUCAAGAGGCUAAACAAUGCAUACUAAAAGCUCAGCAAGAACAAAAGAAAACAUUUGAUCAUAGAAGAGUAGCAGCAACAGAUUACAGGAUUGGUGACCUAGUUGCUAUUAAAAGAACACAAUUUCUUCCUCUAUCCAAGAUAAAGAGCAAGUACCUUGGACCAUAUCGUAUCACUGGUAGAUGUGGUCCGAACCGAUAUGCAGUGUGGAAGGUGGGCUCAGGUGAAGGACCUGAAAAAACUAGCACGGGAACGGAUUAUAUGAAAAAAUGGAAAAACUGCCUAACUUCAGAUGAAGAUGAUGAAGAUUCAGUGUCCGAGGCGGACUCUGCUUAA